AUGGCGAACGAUGAGUUGAAUAUUGAUCUCGGCAAGAAAAAACGUCUGGCUGUCAGAAAAUACAAUGGCAUCAAACUGGUGGAUAUAAGGGAAUACUAUACAGAUGACCAGGGCGUUUCCAAACCUGGUAGCAAGGGUAUUUCACUUACACAAGAGUCUUGGGACCAACUUGUGUCGAACAUAGAUAAGAUCAAAGAGGCAUUGGACCGGCUCGAGGCUCCCCCAAACAAGAAGGUGAAGUCAGAGUUGUCAAAGGAGACCGUGGAUAGUGCAGAUGAAAGCGAAGAAUAA